AUGCAGUCCCCAAAAUCAUCAGAUAUAGAACUUGGUCACCAUCACAAUUCUAGAGUUAUGAGAUCUAACCUGGUGUCACAUCCACUAUCACCAUCGUUUUCUUCUCAGAUGGGUGAUUACAUUGGUACGGAGAGCUGCCUCGACUCGAAGAAUUAUAAACAUUUGCUUACGGAGAAUAGAGAAGACGAGAAUAAUGGAGCACGGGUUCAGAAUUAUGUUCGUGGUAAGAGAGACCAACGAUGUUCAAUGAAGCAGAAGAAGAAGAAAGAGUUUCCUCCACCAAUAUCACUGCUUGCACGUACAGAGAACCAAACUUCGCGUAUGCCGUUUGUGUUGAAGAGAUACUACACAAAUGAUGGCCGUUUGAUCCUUCGGGAAGAAAGGUUGAGACAUUAUGAGUAUUUCAUCAAGGCCUACAGAUCCAAUGGUCAUCUCACAUUGCAGCUUGUUCAUCUAGAUGACGAUGUCUUGGCCCCUCCCUUUUCCGAUGAAAAUGAAAAUGAAGUCGACGAACCAUAUUGCAAUGCGGAAGAAGAACAAGUGGAAGAAGCGACUGAUGAUUUUGUCGAAAAUGGUGAGAAGAAGAUCGUACGUAAAAAUACGGAAGAAGCGAGGGCAAAGUAUGAAUCUAAAAUAGCCAAGUCGUCAGUUGAGAAUGGGAGUGUUCCAAGAGCGAUGGGUGAGAAUGGCGGCGGCGGCAAGUGUUUGAAGUACAACAGCGUGGGAAUAAACUCACCCUGUUUUCUAGGGAUGCCAGUACAAGCAAUCAAGCCGGUUCACACUUGA